UAUCUUAUAUUUCUUCCUCUCGGAAACACGAUAACAUUAAAGAUGAUUCUGAGGAACUCAAGCCAGUUAUUGACGGAAUGGAUGGCAUCAAGAUCUCACAGGGGCUUGGCCUUCAAGACUUCGACCUGAUCAGAGUCAUUGGACGAGGAAGCUAUGCCAAAGUUCUUUUAGUGCGGUUGAAAAAGAACGAUCAAAUUUAUGCAAUGAAGGUCGUCAAGAAGGAAUUAGUUCACGACGAUGAGGAUAUUGAUUGGGUGCAAACCGAAAAGCAUGUCUUUGAGCAGGCAUCCAAUAACCCUUUUCUAGUUGGCUUACAUUCCUGUUUUCAAACGACAAGUCGGUUGUUUCUUGUUAUAGAAUAUGUGAAUGGGGGUGACCUCAUGUUUCAUAUGCAACGGCAGAGGAAACUUCCAGAGGAACACGCAAGGUAUUGCGAAUCUAUCUAUCUUUCUUUCUUUCUUUCUUUCUUUCUUUCUUUCUUUUUAGACCUUAUUCCCAGUCAGGUGACAGGGCUCAAGACAGGACCUCGUUUGGGUCCAGGGGUAGUCACCAAACUUCUAGCGGAGGCAGAAAUUCUGCUGGUUGCCCCGCACUGGCCCAGGAGGUCCUGGUACGCGGACCUUGUCAGCCUCUCCAUCCAGAAGCCGUGGAGAAUCCCUCAGGAUCAGAUCUCCCUCAGCCAGGGGGCCAUCAACCACCCGGACCCCCAGUGGUUCCAGUUGGCCGUCUAG